AUGACUGAAUCUGAGGCUGGUCUCAAAACUAGACCCAACAAAGGCUCAGGGGCCUUUUCGCCUGUCAGGAGACUUGCUGCAGUUACCGUAGCAAUUGUCUUUCUCCUCGUGGCUGCCGCUGUGACUGUCUGGGCUGUCGUGACUUAUAUCAAAAAGGCGGAGACAGAUCUGUACAAUGUCCAGGUAAACACUGAUUCACGCCUGUCUGUCUAUGACUCUGAGACGGACGUCUGGAGACUCGUGUGUUCCUCAAUGAAUAAUGAACAAGUGGCACAUCUUAGCUGUCAACAGAUGGGCUUCGUCAGGAUGAUCACUUCAUUGGAGAGUCACAUGGAAGCCACUGGGUUAAAUGGAUCUGUUCAGUUUUACUGUGUGAACGAGUUAUUGCUCCCGUCUGCUAAGAUAAUUCAGGAUCUACUCUUCCCUUGUGAAUGUAAAUCUCGCCUGGUCCUCUCUGUGCAAUGUCAGGAUUGUGGGAGGCGGAAGUUUCUGGGUGAUCGGAUUGUCGGUGGGCAACAUGCCAUUCUGGGCAAGUGGCCGUGGCAAGUGAGUCUGCGAUUUGAUGGGAGCCCCAUGUGCGGGGGCUCUAUUAUCUCCGAGGACUGGGUGGUGACCGCUGCUCACUGCUUCCCAGAGAGGAAUCGUUUUGUGAGCCUAUGGACUGUUUUCACUGGGGCCAUCAGACAGUCUGCGAUGGGGGUGCCGAGCUCAGUAGACACAGUGGUUUAUCACUCCGGCUACGAACCCUUUCUGGACCCAAACACUGAAGAUAACAGCAACGAUAUCGCGAUCCUACACCUGCAGGUCCCAUUGAACUUCUCAGACCACAUCCAACCGCUUUGCCUGCCGGCGUUCGGACAGCGGCUUGUGGAUGGGACCCUGUGUAGUGUGACGGGCUGGGGCAACACUGAAUAUUACGGUCAAGAGUCCGACGUACUCCGAGAAGCUCACGUGCCCAUCAUCAGCAACAGUCGAUGUAACAGCCCCGAGUUCUACAACAAUCAGAUCAUGCCCAGCAUGUUUUGUGCUGGGUACAGUGAGGGCGGAGUCGAUGCCUGUCAGGGUGACAGUGGUGGGCCUCUGGUCUGUGAGGACCAUCUCUCGAAUCGAACACGAUGGCGUCUCUGUGGGAUUGUCAGUUGGGGUACAGGCUGCGCAAUGGCCAACAAGCCGGGUGUUUACAGCAGAGUGACAGAAUACCAGGAGUGGAUCUACCGGGCAAUGCAGACGUACAAAGACAGGGAAGGCAUUCACUCGUUGGAUUAAAGGAGCCUUUGUGUUGGGGACAUGCCAGGACAGCACUUGUCCAGGGAAUUUUCCGGUGCUGUUGAAGUUGCUUCUAUUUUUAUAUUGUGAAAUGAACAUUCCUGUGUGAUAUGUCGGAGACCCAGGAUGGGUCGCUGACAGCCUGAGAACUUGCUUGCUGUUGAAUAUCUCUACACCGUUCACCUCAGCGUGAGGUUAAAAAUUGUU